AUGGGUUUGCCUGAUGUUCCUGGUCAGAUCGUCUACGACAUACUCUCAAGACUACCCGUCAAGUCUCUGUGCCGCUUCAAAUUGGUUUCCAAGUCAUGGCUCGCUCUGAUCACCGACCCUGAAUUCGUCAAGUCACACCUCCAUCAUCAAUCCACAAACGACAACAACAUCAACCAUAAGAUAAUCUUAUGCUCUGGCACUUCUCCCUCCAUGUAUUCUGUAGAUUACCAAGCACCCGAUCACAAUGUAACUGAGCUUAAAAGUCCCGGUCCCUGUAAGUAUUAUGUUGAAAUUCCGGGUUUAUUGAAUGGCAUCGUACUCUUACGAAUGGAUAAUGCUGAAAUAUGUUUAUGGAACCCAUCGGUAAAAAUGUACCAGAAAUUCUCACCACCGGAGGGUGAAAAUGGGUCUGUAAAGUAUGGGCUUUGUCAUGACUCCGUUAGUGAUGAUUUCAGGGUUAAUUCGCGUUUAACUGAUGGCCGUUCUGCUGUCCAUGUGUUUACUUCUAAACUGAAUUCUUGGAAGAGGAUUGGAGACUUUGGUUACUUCAUCAUUAGCUUUGCCGAGGGCAGAAUGGGGCACCGCAUUGGUUUACGGGUGGUGACACGGAUAUACCUAGCAAUUUCAUUAAGGCGAUUGUUUGUUUUGAUGUUGCGGAGGAGAAAUUCAAGGAGCCAGGAGAGUUCCGAUGUUUGGGUGAUGAAGGAAUAUGACGUGAAAGAAUCUUGGAUCAAGCUUUUUGUUGUACCAAAUGUGCCAGGAGAGUUCUAUUUUAGCCACAUUAGGGUGUUGUGUUACAGAAAGGAUGGAGAGGUCGUAAUGAAGUUGGAUUCAGAGAAGUUAGCGAUCUACAACCCGAAAUAG